AUGAAAGACUGCUACACUUGGAUGCCUCUACAGGUUCGCUCAAGUGAUCGUGUCUACAUUUGUGACACUGGUUCUGGAGCCGUUCUGGAGCUUUCUUUCCCUGGAAUGCAACAGUUGCGAAGAUUGCCAUUGUUCACUCGCAAAGAGCAUGUCAACACCCUGGCUCCUGUCACUGAGGGCUCAAUGUGGGCAGUGCUGCACAACCUUGGACAGAGUCAGUUGGCCAAGAUUGAUCUGUCAAGUGGCAUGGAAGUUGGUAGAUGGAACAACGUUGGAGUGCAAUCCCAUGGCCUGGUUGAAUGGAGAUAUUGGUUCAUCAUGCUAGAUUCGGGCAAUGGUGCACUCCUUCUUGUGAAUCCAGACAACGGGAGGCAAAUGCAAAUUUGGAAGCUCCCCGACGAUGGUAGAUAUUUGAAAGGCCUGACUGUUGCUGAUGACGUUGCGUAUUUUGGAAUCGCACCUUUGGUUGAUCGGCAGAGCAGGGAUGACUCACAAAUGAGCUGUGAGCUGGGUGCAUUUGAUCUCAUUCGAAAUACCCUGCUUUGGAGGAGACAGCUGCCCACACAUGGCCUGCUCAAUGUCGUUGGGGCACCACAAUGGGGUGAGUCGUCAACAUACAAGGCAGUAACGAGCUGGGCACGAGCGACUCCUGGUGCAAUCAGGGAUAUGUCGCAGUUACAGAAUGAUUUUGUUGGCGGCCGGUGGGGCAGCGGGGUUCCUUUUCUUAACCUUGAAGCAAAGGGACACGGUUCCAGCAGGGCAGGCCCGCAGUUAAUAUUGAAACAAGUCAAUGUUUCCUUCUUGCUGGAGCAAAUCUUGAGCUUAUCUUCGGACAAAUGGAGCCUGGCUGAGCAGCGCCGUUCCAACGCCGUGUUCACCAAUCGUCAGAGCGUGUCCGAGAGGUUUAAACCCGGGAUGUUGUCGUUGACGCUAAUUUUCUCUGACAACGCCGGGGAGUCUGUGUACUGGUUUCCCUACUUUGAUCUGCUCAGACGAGCGCUGGAACCCUUGGUAGAAGAGAUCCUGGGACCUAACGGCAUGGACCACGUAAUUCGACUCCAAUUAGCAAGAAUGAAACCUGGAACGGAGGUCAAGAAGCAUGUUGACAGUGGGGGCUAUGCACAGCUGGCCCAUCGAAUACAUGUGCCUCUGACGUCCAACGGGGGCGUCUUGUUUGAGGUGUGCACUCCGGAGGCCAGGAGCACUUCGUUUUUCCACACGGACGAGGAAACGUGCCAUGGCAUCGACGUGGCGGCCGGGAAGGCGUUCGAGGUGAACAACCGCCUGCCUCACAGGGUCGUGAACUCGGGGCAGACAGACCGAAUCCAUCUGAUCAUGGAUGCAGUUGAAGGAAUUCGGAGGCACACGCUGUUUAGGCCUGGACAGGUUUGUCAAUACAAGGAAACAGUGGAGUGCUGA